GGUAUCUGACCACCCCAGUACCCAUCAGCACUUGCGACGCGCCGCUCAGCUAGGCAGCUUUUGCCCGGGCGCGGGUUUCCGGGCAAUUGCAAGCGAAUGUGCUGUCACCAAUGUGAGGCUGCCUUGGCGCGCGGCCCGGAGCCGGAACGCCGCGGCGGCUGAUGAAUGGUAGAUGCCGGGCCGGCUGGUUCAUGUGGAGCCUUCUGUGGGGGGAGCUACGAGCCGCUGCCGGCCCGAGGAGGCUCCUCUGCCGAUCGGCCGCUUUCCUCAGCAGCGGCGACGCGGUUUGCCCCGGCCCUGCCCGCGGAGCCCCGCCUGGCCACAUGGAGCGGGCUGUGGUGCGCUGCGUCCCGUCGGAGCCGAAGAUGAGCCUGUGGUUCGUGCUGUGUGACGGGAGCGCCAAGCACAUGCAGCGGGACCAGACGGAGCCGCUAGGCCGGGCCUUGGCCCGCAUCGCCACCAACGCCGGCAAGGGCCACGCCAAGGCGGCCAAGAAGAGCAAGAAAGCUCGGGCGGAGGCGGGACCGGCCGGGGAGCCGGUGGCGACGGCGCCGCUCGCCGUGCGCCUCUUCUCGCGGGACGGGGAGUCGGUGGCUGAAGACGUGUCCAAUGCCGAGGCCUGGCAGGACGGCGCCGUGCUGCAGAUCGGCGAAGUCAAGUACCAGGUAGAGCGGAACCCGCCCUCCGUCACCGAGCUCCAGCUGCCCCGCUCGCUGCUCGCCGGCUUCCCCGUCUGCCCCAAGAUCCACACCGAAUUCGGCGCGCCCCAGCACUGUCUCUUCCGCUGGUACCGGGAGCAGCCAGGGGGCGGCGGGGACGAGCCCUCCCCGGGGGGCGCCGUCUGGGUGGAAGCCCCCGUCAGGGACCGCGUCUUCACGCCGACCAACGCGCACAUCGGACUGCGCCUCAAGCUCCACUGCACCCCGGGCAACAGCCAGCAGCGCUACGGGCUCCCCCGGGAGGUGGAGAGCAGCGGCCCCGUGGAGGCCGGGCCCGGCGCCUGUACCUUCGACUCCCGGCACCUCUACACCAAGAAGGUGUCCGGGGAAGGCUUAAUCCGCACGGUCUCCUACAACGUUCUGGCUGACAUCUAUGCUCAGACCGAGCACUCGCGGACCGUGCUGUACCCCUACUGCGCGCCCUACGCGCUGGAGCUCGACUACCGGCAGAACCUGCUCAAGAAGGAGCUGGCCGGCUACAGCGCCGACCUCAUCUGCUUGCAGGAGGUGGAUAAAUCUGUCUUCGCUGAUAGCUUGGCCCCGGCGCUGGACGCCUUCGGCCUCGAAGGGCUCUUCAGGAUCAAGGAGAAGCAGCAUGAAGGCUUGGCUACUUUCUACCGCAGGGAUAAGUUCACCUUGCUUAGCGAGCAUGAUAUUGCCUUCAAUGAGGCCCUGGUCUCUGACCUACUGCACAAGGAGCUGCGGGACAAGCUAGCCCCCUACCCCUUAGCCCAGGAGAAGGUGCUGCAGAGAUCCUCUGUGUUGCAGGUUUCAGUUCUUCAGUCUACAAAUGAUCCUUCGAGGAAGAUUUGUAUAGCCAAUACUCAUCUGUACUGGCAUCCAAAAGGUGGAAACAUCCGUCUCAUCCAAAUUGCUGUAGCUUUGUCUCACAUUAGGCAUGUUACAUGUGAUCUAUAUCCUGGCAUACCUGUCAUAUUCUGCGGUGAUUUUAAUAGUACACCUUCAACUGGAAUGUAUAGUUUUAUCAACAGUGGCAAUAUUGCUGAGGAUCAUGAAGACUGGGUCUCUAAUGGAGAAGAAGAAAGAUGCAAUAUGUCUCUAACUCAUCCUUUCAAACUGCAAAGUGCUUGUGGAGAACCUGCUUAUACAAAUUAUGUUGGUGGGUUUCAUGGAUGCCUGGACUACAUUUUCAUUGACAUAAAUGCUUUAGAGGUUGAACAAGUAAUUCCAUUGCCAAGUCAUGAAGAAGUUACCACCCAUCAGGCCUUGCCAAGUGUCUCUCAUCCCUCUGAUCAUAUAGCAUUAAUAUGUGAUUUAAAGUGGAAAUAAGACUAACAUUUGCAUGACAUUUGUUCCAGGCCUUUAAACAAGGAAUUUGUUUACUUUAGGGGAACUUAACUUGUAUCCCGGCUUAUAUGUAACUUUAUAAAGACAGAAGCUAGACUGAUUAUUGGAAAAAAGUUCACAUGCCUGUCAUUUCGAUUAUAAAUUUCUUAUUGAGCGUUUUGUCUGACUGUUCAUAACAUUUGCAUGACAUAGCUUCUCCAUUCCCUUUUUCUACACUAAUAGGAAGUCCAAAUAUAUUUAAAACAGAUGGGGAUGUUUUAAAAAAAGAAAAGUUAGAUUAUCAUACCUUUUUAUAGGUGUUUUUAACUGAUUAAGAGAUUAUUUUGUUACAGAUGUAUGAAUAAUCUAAUUUCUAUAAAAGUACAUGUGAACGGAACCCUGUUUAUAUAAUUCAGAAUAGGAUAUAAAAGAGGGUAAGCAAAUGACUUGUGCUGAAUGAAAUCAAAACUACUUUCAGUGCAGGACAAGUGUCACCACCUUCUUUUUAAAUAAUCAAAAAUAUAAAUUUAUUCAUUAAGCAUUCCUGAUGCUUCCCUAGGCUUUAGCGAGCUGCAUGUUCAGUGUACUCCUACUUUUUUUGACACGAUACUUUCUGACCAGAGACCAACAUCUGAAUAAGACUUGUACAAUCAACAUAAAACCAUAUUAAAUUUUAGGAUUAAAAUGGUUUCGGGAACAGUGUCUUUGCCCACUUAAUGUAUUUGUAGCUACUGAAAGGCUCUUUAAAAUAAAUGAAAAAAUCAGAUUUUAAGACCAGUUGUUGAUUAUUGUAAACCAGUAUCAAGUUUACUAAAAAUAAAAAUGUAAGAACUAUA